AGCGCGCCAGAGGAACCGCUGCCGCUGCGGCCGCUGGGGUUGCUGGAGCCCCAGAUUCUAAGCGCUUGGCUGGAUGGCGGUGGCCUUAGCCCCCGGCCCCGCUGUCAGCUAGGGGCGGCCCCGAAGCCCGUCGGACCCCGCCUUGCACCGCAGCCCGCCGGAGAGCCUACUCCGAGCCAUGCUCCCUGUGCCCCGCAGCCUCCAGCCCGUGCCGUCCCACAGGUGUCCGCGCCCGUGCGUGCCGCUGUCCGCGCCCCUGGGCCCGGCGCCGACCAUGCCCCGCGGCUGUCGCUGCCUGCGUCUCAUGUGCCUGCUGUGCAUCCUAGGCGCGCCGAGUCAGCCGGCCCGAGCUGAUGACUGCAGUGCCCGCUGCGACCUGGCUCACGGCUGCUGCAUGCCGGACGGCUCUUGCAGGUGUGACCCAGGUUGGGAGGGGCUGCACUGUGAGAGCUGUGUGAGGAUGCCUGGCUGCCAGCACGGUACCUGCCACCAGCCCUGGCAGUGUAUCUGCCACAGUGGCUGGGCGGGCAAAUUCUGCGACAAAGACGAGCACAUCUGUACCUCACAGUCCCCUUGCCAGAACGGAGGCCAGUGCGUGUACGAUGGGGGUGGCGAGUACCACUGCGUGUGCCCACCCGGCUUCCAUGGGCGGGAGUGUGAGCGCAAGGCUGGGCCCUGCGAGCGGGCAGGCUCCCCAUGCCGGAACGGCGGGCAGUGCCAGGAUGACCAGGGCUUUGCUCCCAACUUCACAUGCCGCUGCCUGGCAGGCUUCGUGGGUGCUCACUGCGAGGUGAACGUAGAUGACUGCCUGAUGCGGCCUUGUGCCAAUGGUGCCACCUGUGUGGAUGGCAUAAACCGCUUCUCCUGCCUCUGCCCUGAGGGGUUUGCUGGACGCUUCUGCACCAUCAACCUGGAUGACUGCGCCAGCCACCCAUGCCAGAGAGGGGCCCGCUGCCGGGACCGUGUCCAUGACUUUGACUGCCUCUGCCCCAGUGGCUACGGUGGUAAGACUUGUGAACUUGUCCUACCCAUCCCAGACCCUGCCACCACAGUGGGCACCACCACAGGGUCCACCUCGGUAGCGGUGGUCCCUGCCACAGGGCCAGCGCCUCAUAGCGCAGGGGCAGGCCUGUUGCGCAUCUCAGUGAAGGAGGUGGUGCGAAGACAGGAGGCUGGGCUGGGGGAGUCAAGCCUGGUGGCCCUGGUUGUGUUUGGGGCUCUCACUGCCGCCCUGGUCCUGGCCACUGUGCUACUGACCCUGAGGGCCUGGCGCCGGGGCAUCUGCCCCCCUGGACCUUGUUGCUAUCCAGUGCCCCACUACACCCCUGCUCGGCAGGACCAGGAGUGUCAGGUGAGCAUGCUGCCAGCAGGGCUGCCCCUGGCACCAGACCUGCCCCCAGAGCCUGGCAAGACCACAGCGCUGUGAUGGUGGUGGGGGCUCCUGGCCCCCAUCCUCACCUCCUCCACACCUCAGAUGGCAGUGAUCCUUCCUCAGCCCUUGGCACAGAUGUAUGCAUUAAGGGGGCUUCAGCCUCACACCAGAAAUACUAUUUUUUUA